UUAAAACGAAAAUGGCGGCUGAAGCUCAUCCUCACAACAGUUGUUGCAAAUUGGAAAGGAGGGUGACCAAAUGCUGUGUGACCGUCAGCCAAGAAAAGGCCUCCAGCCAGCCGGUUAUUUUUAAUCCAGAUUUUUUCGUCGAGAGGUUAAGACACGAACACCCGCAGGCCUUCACUGAUCUGAUCCUUGGCAACAUUACUCGGUUAAUUGAUCUUCCCGGCGAUGAGUUCGCCCAGUUUGUUGGCGAUUCUGACCCAAAGGUUCCAUCCGGUGGCUUUCUACGGUCCUUGAACUUCCUGAAACGAAAAGAGAAAGGAGUGGUGUUUGGUGCGCCACUAACAGAAGAAGGAAUCGCACAGAUCUAUCAGCUAAUUGAGUACCUGAGCAAAAAUCUACAUGUGGAGGGGUUGUUUCGUGUGCCUGGAAACAUUAUCAGACAAGCAGCUCUUCGGGAGAUGCUGAAUUCUGGAGCAGACAUCGAUCUAGAGGCAGGCGACUUCCACCCAAAUGAUGCUGCCACAUUACUCAAAACCUUCCUGGGAGAACUGCCUGAGCCGCUGCUCACUCACAGGCACUACCAUGUUCACCUGAAGAUCGGAGAUCUGACUCGUUUUGAUGAGAAGGGAGAUAAAACAAAUGUGCCUCACAAGGAGCGUCAGAUUGAGGCGUUUCAGCUGCUUAUCAUGUUGCUUCCUCCAGCCAACCGUAGCCUGUUGAAGCUACUAAUGGAUUUGCUUUAUCACACUGCUCGCAACCAACACAUCAACAAGAUGUCUGCUAUUAAUCUGGCCACCAUGUUUGCUCCACACAUCAUUUGGCCCAAAAAUGUGCUGGCAACUGAUCUGCAAGGAGACAUUGAAAAGUUGAACAAUGGCAUAGCUUUUCUUAUCCGGCACUCACAAAAGCUCUUCAAGGCUCCUAUCUACAUCAAGGAAUAUGCCCGCUUAUUCUUCACCGGAUCCAAAACCCCUGAGGCAAAGGAUGACUUGACAUUGCACUCCAGGACCAAAGAUGAAUCUUUGGAUAUGCAAACAGUUACGGUGCCUUCUUCCAGUAAGGAAGAGACAGAGAAUUACACUCAGUCUGCCCUGAAGGAGCUGUACCAGCAGGUGAACAACCUGCCUCAAUCCGCCAAAAAGAAGAAACUAAUUCGACAGUUUGAAAAGCAUCCUUUAUCGUCACCUACGAUGGAGUCGCCGAGCCCGUUCAACAGGAAACACUGGCGUUCACGUUCCCUGGGAGGAAUUAUUAAGAGAAAGGUUUUGGGAAGCCAAAACGGAAGGCCACACAGUCCUGUGUCCAACUGUUCAGUCGACGGACAGGAAGGAGAGAACACAUGCAGUGCUGGGAAAUAAGCUGAAUCAAGUAUGCAGAGGAAAUGGAUUUAAACGCUGUUCCAAGAGCCUCCAGUGAUGUCUGCAUUACUGAAAAGUGCAUUUACGUUUUUGGAUUCUCCUUUAUGCCUUUUUAUUUUCUUGAGUUCCAGCUUGUUUUUGAGCAGUUACCCAAAAGUCCAUGUUUUCAUGGCACAAUGUUGCAAGGUUGUUUUUUUGUGUGUUUGUGUAUACCGGUAGUUAUUUUGGUUAUACAUUUGGGAUAGUAAUGAAAAAAGCUGCACCACUGACUGAACCACUUUUUAAAUUAAAAAUCCUUAUUUAUUUUUAGAGCUCAGUUACUUACUCUGUUGCGUCUAAAUUUCCUAGGUUCUUAGAACAGUUUAUUUAAAGCCAAAAAACACUGUGCCUUAAAGCAAGUUCAUGAUUGUUUUAUUUUCUGACAUUAUUUUAAAGAAUGAAAAAAUGCCUUAAAUUAGAAAAAAAUAUCUUUGUCUAUGCAUGCCUUAUUAGAUGAGUUUGUCAAAGCCUGAUUUGAUAUUAGAAAGGGACCAUUGUGUUGGAACACCAGUGGCCAUUCAUUUCAGUAUCAACUGUGAAUUACUGUUUACCAUUUUAGACUGGUGCCAUUUUCAUCCUUUUUUUUAUUUUAUGCAAUUCAUGUGAAGUUAUCUUCUUUUAAUGAAAACUGUCCUUGCUACUGCUCUCGAUAAGGAUUUUUGGACUGUGAUUUUUUUUUUUUUUGCUUGUUGCUCUCAGAUGUUUUCCAAUUUAUUUGAUGUUGCCUUCAUUCUUCUCAAGUUUUCUGUCAAUAUAUCCAACACAUGCCACUGUUCUGAGUUACUGUGAAGCCGCACAACUUUUUGCAAUAAAGGAC